UGUUAAAUAGUCGCUUACGAGACUUUGCAGAGAAUAGUCCCAGUUACUAAUAAGCUGAACGACAAUGCAGAGCAAUUGGAAUAGCAGAGACAAAACAUGGACUGGAUCUCCUCGCAGCUCCAUGUAUGACUAUGACACAUCUGCGGGUCGAAUCAUUUUCAAUACCUUAAGCAAUUGGCCGAAAAAAGUGUUGCAGAUAUCAGAUAUCGAUGGAGUAACCGUAACAAGUGAACAGGCCCUCACAUGGGCCAUUCGCAUAGCCCAGUUCCUCAAGAAACGCGGAUUUGACCACAACAGCGUCGUUGGAAUUGCAGCUGCCAAUAGCACGUAUAUCAUGCCACUGGCCGUGGGUUGUUUAUUUAAUACCACACCAUUUCACGCUAUCAGUCCGAUGUUUGACGAAGGUACGGAUUUUCUAUACAUUAAGUUUAUGUUCGAGACAACCAAACCAAAGCUGAUAUUCUGUGACAAACAGGAGUACAACAAAAUUGUCGCUGCCACCAAGGAUUGGAGUCCCGAGGUGUACACCGUAAGCGAGCCCAUAGAGGGCAAGCCCAGCAUACAGAGUCUAUUGGAGCCCACGAAUACGGAAAAGUUCUACCAUCCGGAACCCCUCAAAAAUGGUGGCGAUCAAACUGUGGUCAUCCUCUGCUCAUCCGGAACUACGGGACUGCCGAAAGCCGUGUGCAUUUCCAAUUCCGUAUUUAUGCAGGAUAACUUACUUGUCAACAGCGAAACGGUCUUCUUUAUUCAGAGUGCCUUGGAUUGGAUCUCAGGUCUGUGGGCUUUCAUGUUCAGCGUGGUCUUCGGAAGCACUCGAAUCAUUUCGAAUAAGCCUUUUUCCCCGGAGAACAUUGUGCAACUUGUGCAGAAAUACAAAAUAACGUAUAUGACCUUGGCACCUGUUCAUUUGGCCGUCCUUGCCACUAGCCCCGCUGCCAAGCCCUUCGCCCUGUCCUCCUUACGUAACCUGAACUACGGCGGUACCAUUGUUACCGAAGCAACCCUAAAGCGCAUGAAGGAGUUGUGCAAGAAUGCGAUUAUUACCUCGGCCUACGCAAUGACCGAGGUGGGAGUGAUUACGCUAAAUGUGGGUGUGCAGAAUGCGACAGCGACUGGCAAGCCGAUGGCCGGCAUGACCAUACGGAUCGUGGAUGACGAUGGAAAUAACUUAGCCCACAACGAGGUGGGUGAGAUCCUAGUUCACACCGGCAUGAAGUGGAAUGGCUACUACGGAAAUCCCGUUGCCACACGCCAUAUACUUGACUUCGAUGGCUGGAUCCAUACAGGAGACUUGGGCUACUUCGAUGACGACAACCUACUGAAUGUCAUUGAUCGCAAAAAGUCCAUGCUCAAGUACCAGGGCAUUCACUACUGGCCCGCCGAAAUCGAGAAUGUCAUCAGAGAGCUGCCGCAGGUGCGCGAUGUCUGUGUUGUGGGCAUACCUGACAGUGUGCUUGGCGAUGUGGCUGCCGCGCUGGUGGUCAAAAGCCCAGACGGCAACAUCACUCAAGAAGAAGUUAAGAAUCAUGUGGCCAAGCGCUUUAUCCCCAUAAACAAGCAUCUGCAUGCCGGUGUUCGGUUCAUCGAUAAGCUGCCCGUCAACAACAAUGGCAAGGUUAUGCGAAUUGCAGCCCGCGAGCUCUAUAAGUCGCUGAGUGACACAACAGCUAACGGAAACUAAACAUAAAUAAAAAGUAAUCAGUUUUAAUUCAAUUCAUCUUUUAUUAAGAUAAGGAAUCCAUAAAUUCGCAAUGCGCAAAUUGCUUAGCUUCAACUCGUUUGAUUGUAUUUCAAUUAAACUUAAACUUAUACAAAUGAGUUGUGAGUGGCUAAUCAGACAAUAUAAAUUAAAUUUAAGUUGAAAUUCAAGUAUGCCAAACUCUUGAGAGAUUUACCACUCGGUAAAUCAAUAAAAUGUUCAUAAGACUUAACCAAAAUCGUAAACAUUCUAUUGGUGGAGAAAGUCAACAGUUAUCCUCCAGCAAAGCCGGGCGAUCAUAACUAUCUUACGGAAGAUAUGGAUUCAAUAGAGCAAAAUUUCUGAGAGUCCAAAGGUAAAGCUUUGGCCAAGAUAUUUGAAAUUCUAUUAGCUCUUCAAAAUAAUUCACGAUUUAGCACUCAGUAAUCGCAACACCUUAUCAGAUAUAAGUAAGCAAGAGUAAGUAGCAGGUGUCUGGAUUCUAUAACA